AUGCCUGACACCUUCAAUGAAGCCAAGUUCUUGACCUUCAGCAUGCUGGUGUUCUGCAGCGUCUGGGUAACCUUUCUGCCUGUCUACCACGGUGCCCAGGGCAAGCUCAUGGUGUAUUUGGCUCUGUGGAUGCUCUCAGACACGGCCCUCAGUCUGAGAGCAGACCCCCUGAGCACCACUUCUCAUAUUGACGAUCACUUUGGAGACCUCAGGACAUGGUUUUGUCCUGGUUUUGAGGACAAGCAGAAACAAUCGUCAUUGCUUCUGUGUAAAAGGAAUGCCAACCGUGAAGAAAUCUUAACAAAGCACACAUUUCUCUACGAUCUCUUGGCCAAAACUCCUCCUUCCAAAUAUUUAUCUUCCAAUUGCUUCUUCUACCUCUUCUUCAUUGUCCACAAUGAUAGUUACCUGAUUUCUGAAAGCGUGGACGUGGACAUUUCUCCCUGCCCUCUAUUCCUGAAGCCUAGUGUUUACAGGGACGGGGACCUUCUGCUGGAUGGCUUCUUCCCCCUCUACUCUUGGAAAUCACAACUAGACCUACAACAACUCUAUUGGCUGUCCAAGCCAAUCCGAACUUCACCUGAAUGUUUUCAGAAUGUCUUAUUGGAGAAGUUAGUGGUUGACAGUACAGUUGUCAUGUGGGAGUUGCACAAUUAUCAUUACGUUCUGGCCUUUCUCUUUGCCAUUGAAGAGAUCAACAAGGACCCCCGUCUGCUGCCUAAUUUCACACUCGGUUUCAAUCUCUACAACGCCUUUAAUAAAAAUGCCAAGCCUUUGGAGAACAUCUUCUUUUGGUUCUCAGGAGGGAAUCAGACUGUCCCUAAUUAUAGCUGUCAGAAACAAAGCAAAUCUGCCGCCAUUAUUGCAGGAACCACAGCAGAAUUCUCAUCAAAUAUUUCACCACUUUUGGAACUCUACAAAAUCCCACAGGUCACGUAUGGACCAUAUCAUUCUUUACUGAGUGACAAAGAUCAGUUCCCAUCACUCUAUCAAAUGGCUGCUAAAGACAACUUCCUGACACAUGGACUGGUUUUGCUAUUCUUGCAUUUUGACUGGACUUGGGUGGGAAUAGUUGUUUCUGAUGAUGUAAAAAGUCAUAAAUUUGUCUCAAUGUUGGAGGCUGAGAUGUUGAAAAAUUAUAUAUGUGCAGUCUUUAUGCUGACAUUACCCAUCUCAUGGAUAUGGAAUGACAAUUUAGAUGUUGAAAAAAUACCUCUUCUAGCUCAUCAUGAAAAAGUAAAUGUCUUUCUAGUGCAUGGUGAUACUCAAAUUAUUAUGGGUAUAUACUUCUAUGGAAGAACCAUUGAACUUGUAGAGUUUAUACCAGGAAAUACAAUCAUGCCUGAAUCCAGCUAUAUUGUCUACAAUGCUGUGCAUAUAGUAACCAGAGCCCUCCACGAGAUGUUUCAGGAGGAAACAGAAACAGGAUUGACAAGAGAUGCAAACAUCCCAAUGCUUCUCUCUUGGCAGCUUCACUUAUUUCUCAGAAACAUCCAGUUUACUAACAGCAUUGGGGAACACAUAUCCUUGGAAGACCAAAGAAAGUUAGUAAAACGAUACGAUAUCCUGAACACUGUGUCAUUUCCUGCAGCUCAUGACUUCCUAGUUAAGGUGGGAGAGUUUGUCAUCAAUGGUCAAAAUAACCAAACCUUGGUCCUCAAUAAAGAGGCCAUAGAAUGGCCUAUUGAACUGGAAAAGCCUCCCAUAUCUGUGUGUACACAGAAGUGUGGUCCAGGAUUCAAGAAAGUUAUGCAGGCUAAGGCAAUCUGCUGCUUUGAAUGUGUCUUUUGUCUUACAGGGGAGAUUUCAAAUACACAAGAUGCACAAGACUGUAUCCAGUGCUCAGACCAAGAAUAUUCAAACCAAGAGAGAACACACUGUCUCCCCAAGUUGGUGACCUACUUGUCCAUUGAAGAUUCCUUGGGGAUGGCUCUGGCCUGCACAGCUUUGUGCGUCUCUGUCAUCACAGUGGUGGUUUUGUGGAUCUUUGUGAAGCACCAAGACACCCCCAUAGUCAAGGCCAAUAACAGGACUCUUAGCUACAUCCUGCUCAUCUCCCUCCUCCUCUGCUUCCUCUGUUCCUUUCUCUUCAUUGGUCGGCCACACCCUGUCACCUGCAUCCUCCAGCAAAUCACAUUUGGACUUGUGUUCACUGUGGCUCUUUCCACUGUGUUGGCAAAAACCAUGGUUGUGCUGUUGGCAUUCAAAUCCAUGAAGCUGGGAAGAACCAUGAGGUGGCUGUUGGCAUCAGGGGCUUCUAACUAUGUCAUUCCCAUCUGCACUCUUGUCCAAGUGAUUAUCUGUGGCAUCUGGCUGGGACUGUCUCCCCCUUUCAUUGAUGUAGACACACACUCUGAGCCCAGGCACCUGCUUCUCGUAUGUGACAAGGGCUCAGUCAUUGCCUUCUACUGUGUGCUGGGCUACCUGGGCUCCUUGGCCCUUGUCAGCUUCUCCUUGUCCUACUUUGUCCGCAACCUGCCUGAUGCCUUCAAUGAAGCCAAGUUCUUGACCUUCAGCAUGCUGGUGUUCUGCAGUAUCUGGGUGACCUUUCUGCCUGUCUACCACGGUGCCCAGGGCAAGCUCAUGGUGGCCUUGGAGAUCUUCUCCAUCUUGGCCUCCAGUGCUGGUCUCCUAGUGUGCAUCUUUGCUCCCAAGUGUUACAUUAUUCUGAUUAGACCUGACAAGAACUCUUUGAAAUACUUAAAGAAAAAGAGUUCUUCUUUACCUCUAUUUUGCAACGUGGAUGUGGACAUUUAUCCCUGCCCUCUAUUCCUGAAGCCUGGUGUUUACAGGGACAGGGACCUGCUGCUGGAUGGCUUCUUCCCCCUCUACUCUUUGGAAUCACAACUACACCUACAACAACUGUAUUGGCUGUCCAAGCCAAUCCAAACUUCACCUGAAUGUUUUCAGAAUGUCUUAUUGGAGAAGUUAGUGGUUUACAGCUUCCGAAACAGAGCUACUCCAUGCAGCACGACGGUGAACAUUGACAUUGGUCGUCACCUUCAGAUAAGUGGUCAGAUAAUUGGGUGGCAGUUGCACAAUUAUCAUUACGUUCUGGCCUUUCUCUUUGCCAUUGAAGAGAUCAACAAGGACCCCCGUCUGCUGCCUAAUUUCACACUCGGUUUCAAUCUCUACAACGCCUUUAAUAAAAAUGACAAGCCUUUGGAGAACAUCUUCUUUUGGUUCUCAGGAGGGAAUCAGACUGUCCCUAAUUAUAGCUGUCAGAAACAAAGCAAAUCUGCCGCCAUUAUUGCAGGAACCACAGCAGAAUUCUCAUCAAAUAUUUCACCACUUUUGGAACUCUACAAAAUCCCACAGGUCACGUAUGGACCAUAUCAUUCUUUACUGAGUGACAAAGAUCAGUUCCCAUCACUCUAUCAAAUGGCUGCUAAAGACAGCUUCCUGACACAUGGACUGGUUUUGCUAUUCUUGCAUUUUGACUGGACUUGGGUGGGAAUAGUUGUUUCUGAUGAUGUAAAAAGUCAUAAAUUUGUCUCAAUGUUGGAGGCUGAGAUGUUGAAAAAUUAUAUAUGUGCAGUCUUUAUGCUGACAUUACCUAUCUCAUGGAUAUGGAAUGACAAUUUAGAUGUUGAAAAAAUACCUCUCCUAGCUGAUCAUGAAAAAGUAAAUGUCUCUGUAUUGCAUGGUGAUUCUCAAAUUAUUAUGGGUAUAUACUUCUAUCGAAGAACCUUUGAACUUGAAGAGUUUAUACCAGGAAAUACAAUCAUGCCUGAAUCCAGCUAUAUUGUCUACAAUGCUGUGCAUAUAGUAACCAGAGCCCUCCACGAGAUGUUUCAGGAGGAAACAGAAACAGGAUUGACAAGAGAUGCAAACAUCCCAAUGCUUCUCUCUUGGCAGAAUAUCUAUCUGGAAAAUCCUGUCUUCAAAAAAUUUCAGGGUAUUGAUAUCAUUACACAAUGA